AUGGCAUUGUUAGUGGAUUAGAAGAAUGUGAUGAUUCAAAUACCAUUUAAUUUGAUGGAUGCUAUUAAUGUAAAAUUGAAUGUUAACCAUAAUGUACAAGAUGUAAAAGAGGAUAUUGUACUGAAUGUCUUACUUUUGGAUGGGUUUUAGAUCCUUAUACAAGACUAUGUAUUGAAUCAUGUGGAGAUAAAUAUUAUGUUGGAAAUGAAUAAUGUGAAGAAAUGA